UUUCCAACAUACAAAAUGCCAUCUCCUCUAAUUAUCUCUACACUCUUAAGACACCCUGCAUUUAACUAGAGGUGUUGGAAAGCAAAUUACUACCCGUGUGAUCCCAAGUCUAUCUCACAGCAGAAUCUCAUCAAUUUUCAUGACUGUUCGUGUAUAAACCGCAAUAUAUCUGAUGGUACAGUAAUUUCUUUUUCACUUGUAUUUUAUCCUUGGGGAUUAUGCCGGCUACUUGUAUUUAAAUUUUGAUAUUACAGAAGUCUGGUCGUGUUUAGCGAAGAUGCCAAUGCCUACAAACGAGUUUUACUCAAUAAACCUUGCCUGUCACCCAUCCAGCAAAUCUUCCGAAAGGCUCUUGUGCCAUGUGCAGGCUUUGGGAGCUGGGCACACGACCGAGCACGGCGGCUGCCAGCGGCUGAUGCAGGCGAGACGCGCUGCCGUUCUCCAGCGGCGGCCACGGUCUCCCGGAGCUCUCGCACGGCCGCUCCCUGGGGAAGGCCGAGCAAUAAAAACAAGCCCUAGCCAAACCCGGGAACGAAGCACAAAGCAGGCGGUCUCAGACCCACCACAGCACUGAGUAAGCCAGCCUGCCCGGUGAUAAGGGGGGGCGAGGCGGAGAGCGCGCACUGCAGUACGACACGCUACAGACAACGACCCCCCUCCCUUCUCUGCCUGCUGAGGAAAGGAGAAGCGGGAGCGAGAGGCGCUGCUCCUUCGGAUCGCCUCCUCGCCUUCCCUAGGCUGAAAAGCCGCCUCAGGACGCAGUCACUCACGCCGACCCGGAACUCCCGUAGCACAUCAGCCGCCAGGGCCGUGGCAGCGGGACCGGGCGGGGCGCGGCACCGCCCACCGCGGCUCACCGCGGCACCGCAGCCGCGCCCGCUCUGCGCACGCGGCCCUGCCGCCCUCUCCUCCGCAGCGCCUGCGCGCUGCGCCCCUCGGCCUGUGCGGGUCCGGGCCAGUGCGGCGCUGUGGGUGCCAGCGUGGGUCUCGGUGUCUGCCGCGCUCUGGCUGUCGGGCUUUCGCUUUCUCUCCCUCUGCUCAGCGCCGGCCCCUUCUUCCUUCCGCAGGGCCCUGCAGGCGGUUUGAAAUUUGCCGCAGUCUCUCACUCGAGUUCUCGAUGUGGCCGUAAGCGCCUGGCGCUGAAGGGGAGGAGGCAAGCGUGCGGGGCGGGGAAGAGAAGGGCGGCCUGGAGCGGAGCGGCUUUUCUGCCUGCAGCUCCCGGGUUCCCUGGCCCCUCACGGGAACGGGGGGUAGGGGACGGUGGAGAGCGUUAGGCGUAGGGAGUGAGGCAAGGAAGGAGCCUGAAGUGAUUCCGGGAUCUACGAGCCCCCCACACCCCUGGAAGUGGCGGAGGGAAGAGUGAAACAAUUCCCCUCUCCCUCCUGAAGCGUCCCGGUUCUGCGGCAGGCUGGCCCGCAGGUUCAGAGAAUAAAAAUGGGAACUCCUGGAUCAGGACGGAAGAGAACUCCAGUGAAAGACAGAUUUUCUGCAGAAGAUGAAGCUCUAAGCAACAUUGCCAGAGAGGCAGAAGCCAGACUUGCAGCAAAACGGGCAGCUCGAGCAGAAGCAAGAGAUAUACGUAUGAGAGAGCUGGAGCGACAGCAAAAAGAGAGUGGAAUUUACUAUGAUCAAAGAAACUAUAGCAGCCUUGGAUAUAGUAAACCAGUUCCUUCCUACCGUGUUUGGCCAUCUGAAUACAGUUAUUCUUCAAGAGCAAGCUCAGUCCGAAGUAGUCCUGUGUCCUCUGAUUUUUCUGAUCAAAGUGAAACUACUGCUGAUUAUUUCAGUCGUUCCAGCCACAGGGGAAGCAUUGUUUCGAAUGCAGAUUAUGGCCAAGUUUUGAAUAGUCUGGAAGAAAAGAGUGAAAAAUCACAUUCAGAAAUAUUUUCAAGGCCCUCAUCUCGCAAUGCAGUAAGUGCAGCUCCUCAGAGUGGCAACUCAUCUAGGAGAGGAAGUGGAGAUGCAAGCAGUUUGCUGGAUCCUGAUGCCUCCCUCAGUGAAUUACGGGAUAUCUAUGAUCUUAAGGACCAGAUACAUGAUGUAGAAGGGAGAUACAUGCAGGGACUUAAAGAAUUAAAGGAUUCACUAGCUGAAGUUGAAGAGAAGUACAAGAAAGCUAUGGUUUCCAAUGCUCAACUAGACAAUGAGAAAAACAACUUGAUUUACCAAGUGGAUACUUUAAAGGAUGUUAUUGAGGAGAAAGAAGAACAGAUAGCAGAGUUCUAUAGGGAGAAUGAAGAGAAGUCAAAGGAAUUGGAAAGACAGAAACACAACUGCAGUGUUCUGCAGCAUAAGCUGGAUGAACUUAAAGAGGGCCUUCGACAGAGAGAUGAAUUGAUAGAGGCGAAUCAACGUAUGCAGGAGAAUAUAGACUCCAUAACCAAAGAAGUGUUUCAUCUCCAGGAGACAAAUAAUUGGAAAGAUAAAAAAAUAGGGGCCCUAGAAAGACAGAAAGAUUACUUUGACUGCAUUAAGAAUGAGCGAGAUGAGCUCAGAGAGGAGUUGGCUGACCUGAAGGAAACAAUGAAGAGAGGACAGAAACAUGGAUUAGUUAUAAUUCCAGAUGGCACACCAAAUGGUGAUCUAAACCAUGAAUCAGUGGUUGGUACAAUAACGGUUGUAUCACAGGAAGCUGCUCAAGUCUUGGAAUCUGCAGGAGAAGGACCACUAGAUAUCAGGCUACGAAAACUGGCUGGAGAAAAGGAGGAAUUACUGUCCCAGGUUAGAAAACUGAAGAUGCAGUUAGAAGAAGAACGACAGAAAUACUCUAAAAGUGAUAGCAUGAAUCCAGAUACAAUAGACUUGGAAAACGGCUCUGACUUGCAGCUAAUUGAAAUGCAAAGAGAUGCCAACAGACAAAUUAGUGAAUACAAGUUUAAGCUUUCAAAAGCUGAACAAGAUAUAACUACUUUGGAACAAAAUAUUGGACGACUUGAGGGACAGGUUGCAAGGUAUAAAAAUGCAGCAGAAAAUGCAGAAAAAGUAGAAGAUGAACUCAAAGCUGAAAAAAGGAAGCUUCAGCGAGAGCUAAGAACAGCACUGGAUAAGAUAGAAGAAAUGGAGAUGACCAAUAGCCAUUUAAUGAAGAGGCUGGAGAAGAUGAAGGCAAAUAGGACUGCGCUUUUAUCUCAACAGUGAAAUGGAAAUUGAAAAUACAAUGCACUGCUCCUUGAAUAACUAGUCCCUAGCUUGUUUAUAAAUACAGACUUUCAGUGGCACAAACUAUUUGAACACUGAGCUAUUCACUGGUGGUUUAGUUUCAUAAUUAAAUGACAUACUUUUUGUAAUUUAUGAGAGAAUGAAAGGUAGUUUGAAUUCCCAUGUGAAUGACAGCAAUUUUUCAGUAGUGUUUGAUUCUAGAGUCAAAGAUGGAGCACAAUGCUGUAUGUUUUUACAACUGUGGAAUCAAGUUUACUCACGAUCUCUUUUGGCUGCUUUAAUGAUGCUUGAUGCUCAGAGACAGCUGCAUGAAUGCAAGAACACUGUUAUGAAACUAACAUAUACUUGCCUAAGACAUCACACAACACAAGUGCCUUUUAUCUGGUGCAAUUUAGUUUUCAUUGUUGAAAUAACCUUUGAAACCAGAAAGCAUUUUAUUUUAAGAUACAUUUGGGGUAUCCCCUAAACUUUAUAUGUUUUGAAAAUACAUUUUUAAAAAUAUUUAAAUUUAUAAGAGAAAAUAGGGACUGUAUAUAAAGAUCAGCUUCUUUUGCAUGGGCACAUCUGACUUCUAUGUAAUUUCGUCAAAUACUAGCCCCUGAUACUCUUAGCAUUAAGAGUGCAAAUUUAAAAACUUAAGUUGUACGCCAUCAAAUUGUGUCAUCUGCUUAAGUGCAAAUUGAAAUUUUAUGGGGGGAAGAAGGGGUGAGAAAUGUGGCUAAGGAGUUUAUUAAAUGGACACUUUACUGACCAAAA